AUGGCGGAAGAGGAGUACAUUCAGCAACUGAGGUCCAAAGCAACAGAGCUUUUCCUCAGAGAAGAAUGGAAGGACUCCAUUGACGCCUACUCCAACCUCAUCUCUCACUGCACCCACCACCAACAACAACUCUCUCUUCAUCACCCAGAUCACCUCCAAAAGCUUCACAAAUCACUCUGCAUUGCCCUCUGCAACCGUGCCGAAGCCAGGUCUCGCCUUCGCGACUUCCAUUGCGCCUUGCAAGACUGCGAUCGCGCAUUGCAGAUCGAUGCAUCGCAUUUCAAGACCCUGCUAUGCAAAGGUAAGAUCCUGCUCUGCCUCAACAGGUACUCGAUGGCGCUUGAAUGCUUUAAAGCAGCUUUGCUUGACUCCCAAGCUGCUGGGAACUCCGAAACCCUAAUUGGGUAUGUUGACAAGUGCAAAAAGUUUGAGUUUUUAGCCAGGACAGGGUCCUUGGACCUCUCCGAUUGGGUUUCGAAUGGGUUUCACGGGAAGCCUCCGGAGCUUGCAGAGUACAUUGGUGCGGUGGAGAUCAGGAAAUCAGAUAUCAGCGGCCGCGGCCUUUUCGCAACCAAGAACAUUGAUGCAGGGUCGUUGAUCUUGGUCACCAGGGCAAUUGUAAUGGAAAGGAGUAUAUUGGCAGGUAAGGAUUUAAGCGAGGAUGCGCAGUUAGCAAUGUGGAAGAAUUUCAUUCAGAAAGUUUCUGAAUUUGCAAGGAAAUGUUACAAAACCCGGGAUUUGAUUGGUAUGUUGUCAAUUGGGGAAGAUGAGGAAGAACUUGAGAUUCCUGAUAUAGAUUUGUUUAGGCCUGAGAAUGUUGGGAACGUGGAUUCAUGUGAAAUGAUUGAUAUGGAGAAGUUGCUGGCCAUUUUGGAUGUGAAUUCACUCACAGAGGAUGCUGUUUCGGCCAAUGUGUUGAGGAAGAACAAUGAUUCCUAUGGUGUUGGAUUGUGGCUGUUACCUUCCUUCAUCAACCAUUCAUGCUGUCCAAAUUCGCGGCGACUGCAUGUUGGGGAUUACUUAAUAGUUCAUGCUUCCAAGGAUCUCAAGGCCGGAGAAGAGAUCACUUUUGCCUAUUUAGAUCCGCUUAGUCCUCUGAGCAAGCGAAGGGAGAUGUCGAUGACUUGGGGGAUUCAAUGCAAGUGUAAGAGGUGUAGAUUUGAAAACGAGGUUUUCGCCAAACAAGAGAUUAAGGAGAUUGAGAUUGGACUUGAAAGAGGGAUGGAUGUUGGUGGUGUGGUUUAUAAAUUGGAAGAACACAUGAAGAGAUUGAAGGUUAGGGGAAAAGAGAAGGCCUAUUUGAGAGCUUCAUUUUGGUCUGCUUAUUGUGAGGCUUAUAGGUCUGAUAGGUCUAUGAAGAGGUGGGGAAGGCGCAUUCCUGCGAUGGAUGCCGUGGUGGAUAGCGUGGUUGAUGUGGUGGGAGGUGAUCAUAGGCUGCUUAAGAUCAGGGUGGAGGAGUUGAAGAAAAAUGGUGGCGGUGGCAGCGGCCUUGUGGGGAUGGAAAAAGCUUUGAAGCUAGCAAGAGAUGUGUAUGGGAAGGUAGUGAAAAAGCAAGCAAUGAAGACACUUGUUGAGUUUUGCAUUGGUGAUUGAACUGGGAUGAAUACAUUUUCUAUGUCAGCUACUAGUUGCUAUAGAUUUUCUCUUUUUGUUUUCCUUCUCAUGGUUUUGGUGCCUUGUUUAUAAUCAUGAGCAACUUAA